AUGACUCAAGAAAAGGCAAUGAGUGAUGCUGAAUUCGCAGAUACGUACAAGAAGCUAAACGAAGGAGAAAAAACAGCCACAAAAAUCGAACAAAUGCUCGAUGAUAUCGAAUCUAAAAUGGAUGAAUUGAUAAAAGAAGCUGAAAAUAUAAAUGCGGAUCCACAAGAU